ACGACAGUGGCCGAGCUCCUCCGAGCGGAACCGAGUGACGCAGAUCAGCUGAUCGCGAGGCUGCUUCGAUCACAACGGUUCUCGGUUUGAAUGAAUCGGAAUCAAACCAGUUUCUGAUCGAUCGCUCGAUCACCGGACACCGACAUGCCGUCGCUUCUGUUCUGCGGGCCGAAGGUGGCCGCCUGCGGGAUCGUGAUCAGCAUCUGGGGGGUCAUCAUGCUGGCGAUGCUGGGAAUCUUCUUCUCUGCGAAGUCGGCAGUGUUGAUCGAGGACGUCCCGUUUACUGAAGACGACAUUCGUAACGAUAAAAACCCUCCUCAGAACGUCUACGCUCUCUAUAACCAGGUCGGCAUCAACUGCUUCAUUGCCGCCGCCAUCUACGUGGCUGUGGGCGCCGUCUCGCUCUGCCAGGUGCGACUCAACAAGCGCCAGGAGUACAUGGUCACAUAGAGCGGCAGCGAGGAGCCGAGCCUGACCUCCCCAUGGCGUCAGUCUGUUAUUUAUUUUCAAAGUAAAAGCUUCCGUGUGUUUGUUGUGAUGUCAUCAUUCCUGUAAAGAUUCUUUAAAGUGACCAAACGUAAUCGAUGAACGAGUCCAACACGUUCAGUUUACAGUUUUCUUUAAUUCCUGGUUCGUCUGAAGUGAACUGAUCAAACAGCUGGACUCACACGUUGUUAACGCUUGAUGUGGGCGUGUCCAACACUUGGUUCGCACACAAUCGCCAUCGCUCUCUUUUGUGCAAACCCGUCAUGUUAACCAUCAAUACGAUGAAGGGAAGUGCACGAGAAAUAAAAUCCACGGAUGAAGUCACCACAUCCAAAGUGAGAGAGCAGCGUUUCAGUGCAAGUUUCCUCCAGAGGUUAAAACUGUAGAUCGUAAAUUUGUUUGUCAAAAUGACAUGUCAAAUAAUCUGCAAUAAAGUUUGUGUGUAAAAACUU